CGUAACCACCAUGGCGCCGCUCUCUCAUCCCUCUAUCCAAGGUAUAUUCCCUUCGAUUUCCCUGAUAACGGUUGCUCAUGUUUUUUUUGGUUCACAGACGGCUGGUUCCGUGAGAUCUCGUCGCAAUGGCCUGGCCAAGCGAUGACCUUGAAGGUGAACAAAAUCUUACACGUCGAAAAGUCCCUCUACCAGGACGUCCUGGUUUUUGAAUCGGAGACAUUCGGAAAUGUCCUGGUGCUCGACGGUGUUAUCCAAUGCACGGAGCGCGAUGAGUUUUCUUAUCAGGAAAUGAUUGCGCAUCUGCCGUUGAACAGUCACCCCAAUCCUGAGAAGGUGCUGGUUAUCGGCGGUGGCGAUGGUGGUGUCAUUCGAGAGGUGUUAAAGCACGACUCGGUUAAAGAGGUCGUUCUCUGCGAUAUCGAUGAGGCUGUAAUCCGAGUAUCCAAGCAGUAUCUUCCCCAUAUGUCUUCUCUUCUUUCGUCUCCCAAGGUCACUGUUUACAUCGGAGACGGUUUCAAGUUCCUGGCUGAGCACGAAGGCCGCUACGAUGUCAUUAUCACCGACUCUUCGGAUCCUGUUGGUCCUGCAGAGUCUCUCUUCCAAAAGCCCUACUUCCAGCUUCUCCGCGACGCCCUUGCUCCCGGUGGUAACAUCUCCACCCAGGGAGAAUGUCUUUGGUUGCACCUUCCACUCAUCUCCCAGCUUAGGUCAAUGACUCUCGAGAUUUUUCCUGUCUCCGAGUACGCCUACACGACCAUCCCCACGUACCCCUCCGGUCAGAUAGGCUUCAUAGUCUGUUCCAAGGAACCUGGGCGUGACUUGAGCAAGCCCCUCCGUAAGCUCACCGAUACGAAGUAUUACAACAACGCUAUCCAUACGUCUGCGUUCAUCCUCCCCGAGUUUGGUCGCGUCCUUCUGUCCGAGGGCAAAAACAUACAGCCCAAAUUUGGUCGUGAAGCACUCGCAGUUGCCAAUGCGAACAAGCCCACCAAGAAGAUCCUCCUUCUAGGCAGCGGCUUCGUCGCGCGUCCCUGCGCGGAAUAUAUCGUCCGCAAUCCCUCCAAUUAUCUGACCAUCGCCUGCCGAACACUUGAGAGCGCCAAAGCUCUUGGUGAAGGCCUUCCCAACACUUCCGCUCUAUCCCUUGAUGUCAAUAGCACUCCUGACCUCGAAGCCCAGGUUGCAACCCACGAUCUUGUCAUCUCCCUCAUCCCGUAUACCUUCCACGCCGCUGUCAUCAAGGCUGCUAUCAAGGGUAAGACCAACGUCGUUACCACCAGCUACGUUUCUCCCGCUAUCCAAGCCCUUGAUGAGGAGGCCAAGGCCGCCGGUAUCAUUGUCAUGAACGAAAUCGGUUUAGACCCUGGUAUUGAUCACCUGUACGCCAUCAAAGCCAUCAACGAGGUCCAUGCCAAGGGCGGGAAAAUCAAGCAAUUCCUGUCGUACUGCGGUGGUCUGCCUGCACCCGAGUGCUCCGGUAAUCCUCUAGGAUACAAGUUUUCGUGGUCGUCCCGCGGUGUUCUCCUCGCUCUGCUCAACUCAGCCUCGUAUUACUCCGAAGGAAAGCGGUUGGACAUUGCUGGGAAGGACCUGAUGGGGUAUGCUAAGCCGUACUUCAUCACUCCUGCGUUUGCAUUCGUCGCAUACCCCAACAGAGACUCGACGCCGUUCCGCGAGUUCUACAACAUCCCGGAGGCUGAGACGGUUGUGCGUGGGACGCUCAGAUACCAAGGAUUCCCAGAGUUCAUCAAGGUGCUGGUCGACCUUGGUUGGUUGGACGCUUCGGAGAAGGGCUGGCUCGAGGAGGGCUUGACUUGGGCGGAGGUCAUGCAAAGGACCAUCGGUGCUGACAGUGCCAGCGAAAGGUUGGAACUUCCAUAUUAGGACGCUGUGCUUUGAGCUGUGAAUCUCAUUAAAUACUUUCUAGCGCCCUUAUCGCACGUAUCAAAUCUCUGUGCACGUUCCCUGACGAGUCUGAGGCUACCCGCAUCAUCUCCGGCUUGAGGUGG